GAAAGCCAGCGUUGUGGAUUGCGCGCUGGAUUUUCAAUUUCGAAUUGCUGCUACUUAGUAAAUAACUCGGACAGCGACAGACAUUGCCAACUAGGAACACUGGGAAAGUCUCCAUCUGACAUGAGUGGCCGUCUGAAAAAAACCCAAAAAAAACACGUUCACUUCCAACAGCAGCCGGAAUGCCUAUGCAAAUUAGGUGAAAAGAAAGAAACGUGGGCAUGGGAGUACCCACGCCUUCUCCAGUAUGCGAUCGAUAGGGGAUAUUAGGACCAGUUGGAGUGGUAAACUCACAUAACGGGCUCUAUUUAAACAGUCAGCUGAAUGAAACCCUAGCUGCCAGCCACUAGAUAACUUUACCCACUUAUUUCUACAGAGCACUUAGAAAGCAAAGCUUUGCUUUUGAUUUUUAAUUUCAAAAAUUAGAUUUUUUUAAAUGCCGGUUUUGUGUAGCUACUUCCCGACUCACUGUUUUCUAUGCAAUUGCUGGUUUCCUCAGAAUGAUUCCGGUAAUUGAAUGAUUCGGACAGAGGGGAAAAGAAGUUGGCGCGCAAGGUUUUCGACAUGCCAGAGAAUGUUUCUCUCCUCAGGAACCGCACGGAACUGGGACACAGUCGAGCUUUGGGACUGGGUGCGCGUCCUGCCUGGGCUAUCACGGUGCUGGCCAGCGUGCUGAUCUUCACCACAGUAGUGGAUGUCUUGGGAAAUCUUCUGGUGAUUAUUUCAGUUCUUAGAAAUCGGAAGCUUAGAAAUGCUGGGAAUGUGUUUGUUGUAAGCCUGGCCUUCGCUGACCUGGUGGUGGCAUUUUACCCAUACCCACUAGUGCUAUAUGCCAUUUUCCAUGAUGGCUGGUCCCUGGGCGACACGCAGUGCAAGGUGAGCGGCUUUCUGAUGGGCCUGAGCGUCAUUGGUUCCAUCUUCAACAUCACAGGCAUUGCCGUCAACCGCUACUGCUACAUCUGCCACAGCUUCUCCUAUGACAAGCUCUAUAGUUACCGCAACACCCUGCUGUUUGUGGCCCUCAUUUGGCUGCUGACGGUCGUUGCCAUCGUGCCAAACUUCUUUGUGGGUUCCCUGCAGUACGAUGCCCGCAUCUACUCCUGUACCUUUGCCCAGACGGUGAGCAGCUCCUACACCAUUACUGUGGUGAUUAUCCACUUCAUCGUGCCCAUCAUGGUAGUGACAUUCUGCUACCUGCGGAUAUGGAUCCUCGUCAUUCAGGUGCGGCGGAAGGUGAAGAGUGAGGUGAGGCCACGGCUAAAGCCCAGCGACCUGAGGAACUUUGUCACCAUGUUCGUGGUGUUCGUCCUCUUCGCCAUCUGCUGGGCGCCGCUGAACUUCAUCGGCCUGGCGGUGGCCAUCAACCCUACGGUGGUGGCACCUCGCAUCCCCGAGUGGCUCUUUGUGGUCAGCUACUUCAUGGCCUAUUUCAACAGCUGCCUUAAUGCCAUCAUUUAUGGACUGCUCAACCAGAACUUCAGGAAAGAGUACAAAAGGAUUGUGAUGUCCAUGUGGAUGCCCAAGCUGUUCUUUCAGGAGACGUCCAGGGGAGGUACAGAGGCAAUGAAAAGCAAGCCCUCGCCAGCCCUGAACAACAAUGAACAAAUGAAAGGCGAGACCUUGUAAUCCUCAUAAUAUCUACAGCCAAUUUUAUUAAAUUUUUUCUUUACACUUGUGCCGGUUCUGUACUGUAUUUAUCUCAUGGAGAUUCAGUAAACUCAAACGUGUGUGUGUGUGUGUGCUUGUGUGAGUGUGAGAGUGAGAGAGAAAGAGAGACUAAUUUAUUUUUAAACAUUAGUGCCACUCAUGAAUCAUAUAUAGCAUAUGUAUCAUAUCUUUAUGUAAACCUCAGGUUGCCUCUUCUGCUGCUGUAGCAAUACGAAUUUCUACAAGUGGAAGCACCAAAAGUUUAUCAAUUUCUUUUUCAUGUAAAUGUAUUCAAAAGGAAUGAUAAGAAAGCUUUCAUUACGAUGAAACUGGCGUGUUUCCAAAAUGCUCAUUUUUAUGCAUUUUAUUACCAAUUUAACCAUUUUGUACAUUGGGAUGGAAACAUGAGGCAGAACAUUUGGAAUUUGAACCUUGCAUUUUGAAAAAAUGCAUCUCAUUUCAUGACACACACAAAUACACUCUAUGCCUUUUGAUUGACAUAUGACAUCACACAGCUCUAGCCAGUGCUUUCGCACAAAUGGAGCUUUGAAAAACAGGGCCGAACUCUUCUAAUAACAUCAACAUACCUGAUUUGCCAAAAACCUUUAAUACUGACAUUCCCUCAAACCAGCACUUAUUUUGGUUUUAUAUCCUUUUAAAUCUAUAAAAAAUGUAUUUCAUAUGAAUAAAAACAAUAUGGUGGUUUCUUAGAUAAC